AUGGUGCGUGUAUAUUUCGUUCUCCGUCCGCCUCAAGUUGUAGGACGAUGUCUUUCGCGUCAUUUUGUGCUAAAGCAUCAUUCAUUGACAACUCUUGGAGGGAGACAGGAGGAAAGCUCAUAUUUUGGGGACCCCAGCAUCAUGGUAUCCGUGCCAAUCGUAAACGAACGAACACGAAAGGAAUUAGAUUUUCCGAAGGUGGAACUACACCUUCAUCUUGAUGGUUCUAUUCGUUUUUCAACUCUACUCGAGCUUUCAUUAGCUAAAGGAACACCUUUAAAAGGUGCAAAAACAGUUGAGGAAUUAAAGAAAGUGCUAAUCACACAUGAGCCGGCCAAUCUUUCAAAAGUCCUCGAAGCAUUUGAUCUCCUCCUGCCAGUCGUUCGAGGCGAUGCGGCUGCGAUCGAAAGGAUUGCGUAUGAAAUGUGCGAGGAUCAGGCAGCGAAUGGUGUUAUUUAUUUCGAAGCUCGAUAUUCGCCGCAUCUUCUCGUCGCACCCGGCGGAGAGCUGACUUCAACCGGUGUCGUAGAAGCGAUUAAACAGGGAUUCGAUCGUGGAGAGGCUGACUUCGGAGUCAAAGCACGAUCAAUAGUAUGCUGUAUUCGAGGUCUUCAUCAAUACGCAGAUGAUGUACUUCGAAUUGCAACGGACCUUCGUCAUCUUGGAGUGGUGGCUAUUGAUGUGGCCGGCAGCGCACACGGAGCUGAUGAGCAAUAUGAACGGGAAAUUGUUCUUAUAUACCAGGAAGCAUUUAAACGCGGUAUCCAUCGAACAGUGCACGCUGGGGAGAGCGGAGGCGCCAAAGAAGUUGAUAAAGCUAUUAAAGAUAUGCAUGCAGAGAGAAUUGGCCACGGCUAUCGGGUGAUGAGGGAGCCAGGCAUAUAUAAAAAAUACUUUAUCGACGAUCGACGAAUCCAUCUCGAAGCAUGUCCGUAUUCGUCGAUCAUGACUGGAGCUGUGGCGCUUGACUGGAAAAAUCAUCCUAUUGCCAGUUGGGCGAAAGACAAGUUAGUUAGAGAUGAAAUUGGCCUGACUACCCAUCAACUUUGGGAAUGCCAACUCAAUGCUGCUCGUUCAUGCUUCCUGUCAGAAAAGGAGAAAAAGCCCAUCAUCGAGAAGAUUCUCGCGGCAGAACCUAAGCAUUGA